AUGGGAGUGAAGGUUGAUGGUUGGCAGCUACACCAUUUGCGCUUUGCUGAUGACAUCGUACUGAUAGCAUCCAGCAUCAGCCAAGCGGAACGAAUGCUGACCGAAUUCGACGAAACAUGUGGAUGCGUCAGUCUUCAGCUGAAUCUGCAAAAGACGAUGUUCAUGCGCAACGGAUGGGUCUCGGAUGCCCCAUUCACGCUCAACGGAACGAACAUAUCCGAAUGCACCAGCUACGUUUAUCUGGGUCGGGAACUGAACAUGAUGAAUGACCUGACCUCCGAGCCGGGCAGGAGAAGACGAGCGGCUUGGGGAGCGUACAAGAGCAUCGAGGAUGUAGUGAAGAAGACCAGGAACACCCGGCUCCGUGCUCACCUCUUCAACACCACCGUACUUCCUUCUUUGACCUGUGCUUCGCAAACCUGUGCAUUUCGCUAG